AUGGGUGAAGGCGGAACUCUUGUCCUCGUCAAUGGCACACCCCACCCUUGGAAUCUCACGUACCAGCACAGCUAUCAGAUGAACUCUUGGCCGUUUACUAACUAUUCGAUUAUACCUGAUUAUUCGUCCGUCCCCGUUUACAUCGAAUGGAACGAGGAUAUCACCGUCGACCCGUUCAAUGACGCCGGAGAAGCUACAUAUGCUUUGGCCGGCACGCCGUAUUCGUUCCAGAUACAGGCGCGCUACCGCUACAUACAGGUCGAGUUCCAAUCCAUCGCUACGGCGGGGAAUGACGAGGGAAGCACAAUUGGCCUCGGCUGGGACCACAAUGGGAACAUGCCCUUCAUCCUCUCCGGGAACGAAGGCGGCUUCUCGUCCAACAACCCUCCCGUAGCAUGGAUGCAGGACAACAUUGGGAAGCUCGGCCCGCGGACGCUCCGCCAGCUUACUAUCCCCGGAUCACACGACGCUGGAAUGUACGAGCUCACCGGCGGAACUGCGUUUGCCAACGAUGCCAACACGCAGACGCAGACGCUGUCAAUCGGAGGGCAGCUCACUCUAGGGUCUCGCUACUUUGAUUCUCGCCCCGUCAUCAGCGAUGGACAGUAUGUAUCAGGUCAUUAUUCUGAUCUGACGGAACCCCUCGGCUGGCAGGGUGGGAAUGGGGAGUCGUUCGACGACAUCAUCAGCGAUAUCAACGACUUCACCAGCACUAACAAGGAGCUCAUCAUUGUCAACCUGUCGCACGACUACGACACGGACACAGGUCGCGACUACCAAGUGUUCACCCAAGCCCAGUGGGAUGCUUUGUUCGAACUGUUGUUGGGCAUCAACGACCUCUACGUUGCGCCAGAUCCUACCACCGUCGAUCUCACCCAGCUCCCGCUCAGCGACUUCAUUGGCGAUGACAACGCCGCCGUCGUGGUCAUCGUCCAACCCAACAAUGGCUCCAUCACCCUCGGGGACUACAACAGCCUCGGCUUCUACACGUACUCCCAGUUCAACGCCUACAACUCGUACUCUGACACAGACAGCGACAGCGACAUGUCGAGCGACCAGCUGCAGAAGAUGCGGACCGUGCGCACGAGCCCUGACGCGCAGGAGUUCUUGCUGUCCUGGACACUCACGCAGGAUGCCGCGGACGCGGUCACGGGCUAUCCGACCAUCCUCGAUUUGGCGGCAGAGGCUAUGCAGAGUUUGUACACGGAUGUUUUUCCCGCUUGUUCGAACACGACAUAUCCGAACAUCAUAUUCUUGGACGGCUGGAACACUUCGGAUCCGACCGCGUUGGCCUUGGCGAUUAUUGAUAGUGUUGGUGGGUAG